CGUGAGGUAACAUUUUUUUAAUUCAUUGAUUUGUUUUCGACGGAUCAACGAAGUGAAGUUCGUGCUACUCAGAAAUACUAUUCCAAAGUUUUUCUUUCUAUUUCAUAAUUUCUACGAUCACAAUAGUCAAUAAUGGAUGGUAUCUACAAAAUCAAUUUGAUACCAAACGAUCUAAGUAUGGAGGAGAGUAUUCUGCAAAUAGCCGAAACUCUCGAUAAUCUCAAUGGGAUAGUGGAAGACGUGUUCGCUCGCGUGUCUCUCAGGAUUAAUCAGAACAUGGAUAAAACACAUAAAUUGAAACAAAGGAUUGAAAUAUCAAAAGCUAAAGUUGCAAAACUUACGGGCAUGCAGAAAGCGAUUAAAGUUUUCUCGAGUGCUAAGUAUCCAACAUCUAUAACUCACAACCAUUAUAAAUCCGUAUUCGACCUAGAUUGUUACCAAUAUCAACCUCAAAAGAUUACUCUGAGUGGUGUAACUCAGAAGCAGUCCAACGAUAAAAAGAUACAGGAAAAAUUGCAUUUCUAUCACGUAAAAGUAGCAGAUUGUAAAGACUUGAAUACGAAACCCGAUAAAGAUUUGGAUUCUGUGAUAAAUAACGUUACGACAGUAGGGGACCUACUGAUCUUCAAAACGGAUGAGAGUCCAUACAUACGGAGUAGCAGCAAAGUGCUGGCUUACGUACCUACGAUCAUAACCAAUGAUGAAAAUAAAGUGUCACUGGAAGAAGCACCGCCAUCGAUUGUCAAGAGGAACGUACUCAAACGGGAAGCCGAUGAGUAUAUGUAUGCGCCGGGAAUGGGAAUGGUUCCGGAGUUGGAUAUGCCUCUCGACCUCCCCCACUUGCCGGGUGUGGCCGGGGACGUUCAAUUCUCCUUCACCAAUGAUGGUUCGAUAGCGCCGUCCGCCGUCACUUCGCCCGACACCAACAUCGUAGUUCCCGAUCUUACGGACCUGGAUCUAGAGCAGCUACCGGACGUGGGGGAACCGACGCCAGUACCGGUCCCAGUUCCGGUUCCAGACAUACCGGACGCACCGCCACCAGUUCAAAGUGUGGCAGUUCCUCCAUCAGUUCCUGUAGUAUUGCCUCCUGUGUUGGCCAGUCCACCACCACCUCCUCCGCCGCCGCCUCCACCUCCACCUCCGCCGAUGGAGGUGCCGACCCUACAAAAUACAAGCAGAGACGAAAAGCCGAAACAGUUGCCUCCUCCAUCCGGCGGAGACGCGCACUCAAACCUGAUGGCAGCGAUCCGGCAAGCGGGCGGCGCGGGCCGAGCUAAACUACGCCCGGCCGCAGCAGACGCAACGCCUGACAAGGAUAAGAAAGCGGCAGUGGGUGGGGAUCUGAUGGCGGACCUGCAUGCUAAGUUGUCCAUGCGGCGGCGCGGCAUCUCGGGUGCGGAGCGAGCACGCGGCGGCUCACUGCUACACGCCAUGGCAAACGCUAUCCCCGAGCCCGGAGAACAGUCCGCCAUGGAACGCUCCUCCAGUGAUGACGAUUGGGAUUAGUAACGCACAACUAUCAUUAAACAAUAUUAAAAAGUUUGUAAAUAACAUUUUCAAAAUUAAAAUAUUCAAGUAUUUUCCUGUCUUAUGAAAUGCAUCUUUUGUAUACGAUGCUAUUUCUAAACGCAUACGUCGAUAAUUAUGUAAUGAAUAUUUGUGUGACCGGUUCGGGUGCGGUUUUGGUCAAUUUAAUAGCUGCGCCUUCUUGGAAACAAGUCAUAAUAUCGCUUGAAAUUAUCGACGGCGCCCGACCGCUUUGCCUUUUAUAAAUUGUCCAUUUAAAAAAGUAAAUAUGAUUAGAUGGUACUUUAAAUAAUGUAGAUAAUACUCGUAGUGAAAAAGGUUACAUGUGUACAUCGAGACGCUGUUUAAAUGCUGCUCUUAAAAUUGAUCGCGUAAAUCUCUUGUAAGCUCGAAGCGUCUAGCUCGUUAUAGAACGCUAUUUAUGUAUCAUAGGCUCUAUUAUUAGCAUAAUAAUGUUGUGAGCAUCUGUUUACGUCUAUAUCGUGGUUUCUAUUUACGAACUUAAAUCGGAAAGGGCCCUCGUUCCGGGAGGUUAUUACGAUAAUGACAUUUCUGACUAGCGGCGCGGGCGCACGGUUAGCGGCCGUCUCGCUUUCGUUUCUGGGAAGGUGAGCGAGCGCGAUCCUUGCGCGCGAACUAUCAACUGGUUCGGCCGAUUAGCAUUUCCAGAAUUGUGAAAAGAAAAAAUAUACUAUAUAUGUUUAUGGUCGAGCAAACUCUGCACCCGGAACUGCGCGUUUCGGAACGGUUUUGACACAUGUCAUAUGCAUAUUGCCAUUUGUUAGAUAGACUUGUCUUAGAAAAAAGUAUUUAUAGCUACUUUUAAAAUAUGAUUGCAUGUUAUAAAAAUGAAUUUUUAAAAAUAAAAUUUACAGAACACGUAAAAUAAAUUUAUAGAGUGUACAAAAGAUCGCAUUUAUAUGUUGUUGCUGGUUGAAUUUGAAUAAAAUUAUUUCUUCUCUGUUUCCAAACAAUGAAAUAGUCGUUGUGUUUUGUCGUUAAGAGUUUAAUAGAUGUGAAACUUAUAAAUGAGUAUGGAAAAAUCUGAGGGUAGUCUAUUGACGUAAAAUGAUAUUGUAUCAUACGAUCGUGUGGGUUUAAAGUUAUUACUGCUAUCGGGAGACUUGUUAAGAAUAGAUGGGAAAGAGUUUUGAUAAAUUUUACAUGCGUGAAAUUGUAACAGGGAUUUAUAAUCUGUUAUAGAUGUAGAUCGGCAUAGAAUUAGAUAUCGGUAAGAACUGAGAACAUGUGAUGUGCGUGCCUAUUCUGGGAGGUGCUAAAUAUAAAGUUAGGCAUACUCGAAAUAUUACUAUCUUUUCGUAUUGCUUCAGCUUGUGAAAUCUAUUAUGAAAAGAUUAAGGGUGGAUUUUUACUGUUGUAUUUGCAUAAAACAUAUUGUUAUCCCUUUCAUUCUAUUUAAGAAAACAGAGACAGCAAUAUGUUUAAAGACGAUGUUACAGUGAAAUUAAACGGUAAUAAAGAGUUUGUACGUCAAGCUUUACCGAUUGUUGUGAAUUUUAGGACAUUUUAUCGCUUUAUGAUUGUACCAUAUAUCUAACUACAUUUACAUUUGUUGUAACCUUAAAUGUUUUAGCACGCGGUAACAUGUUCAGAUUUUUAAUCAAUGUUGUAAAUAAAUUUUUUGAUCGAAUCGAAAAAGGAACAACGAACAACGGUUGUUAAUAAGAGAUGUUUAGAAAUUUAUAUAUGAUAUUAUAGAAAUAUUUCGUUGCGCUAUAGUUAAAUAUUCUAUUUGAAAAUUCCAUAAAUGUCCAUUAAUAAAUGUUCUAUUAGCAUAAAGACGUCGGGAGUAAUUUGACACGCCUCGGCAACUAAUUAAAUGAGUUACGUAAUUAUAUAUGUAAUUGGAAAUUAAAAAAUAUAUUGCUUUAAAAAAUUAUUAAUCUACGUUACUGUCGAACUCAGAGUCUACUAAGGAAAUGUUUAAACUGUACGUUAGGAUAAAUUUUAUUAAUCUGCACUUAAGGACUACGUCAACAAUUCUUAGUGCGACUAUAAUUCUUAUAUAAAAAAGUAUAUGUAGAAUUGUAUAUUUGGUGCUUAAAAAUAUAUAUAAAUGGUUUUAUUUUCGCACGUGUUACUGUAAAACGUGACGGUGUUUAUAAAAUGGGAGCAUUCGGUUUUUCGGCGGUGUCUUUUUGUUACGUUUAAAUUUACAUUUGUAUGCCGGUCGUUGGUCGGGAGACGAACAGUUAAGUUCCGACGAACUAGCUGUAUACAACGACUCUCCGCUGCUAUACGUGGAUUAAAUUCAGCUUACUAAUCGUACAGCAUAAUCCGGCUACGAAACACUAUAGAAUACUAACAUUGUAAGCCCUUCUUUGAAUACGUAUCGUUCUGCUACCAACAUUUCAAAUAAUUAGUUUUAUUUUUAUAAGUUAACAUUACUGUCGUUUUGUAUUUUAUAUACACGUAAUCAUGUUCUGAUUAAAUCCUUACGUAGAUCGAACGUGUCUUCGAUUUAGUUGUUAGAAGCCGAUUCUUGCCUAUAAAGCAUGAAUCAGACCUCAAUAGAUCUAGAUUGGUGCACGACAUUUUAUGUUAUAGUUUAUGUCUGCAUUGAAUAUUAAUAAGAUUUAGCGUCCGAAGUUUAGAGUAUCGUAUAACGUUGGGAGUGAUUAAUGACCGCUCGACGUAAUCUCCAGUAGGGACCUCUUAUACAUAAUACAUGGACUACGUCGGAAUUAGCUUACGCCGUGAGAAAGUUGCUUUUUCUAAAUAAAAACUUAUUUGUGUGUACUUGUAUACAACUGUCAAUCUGUAUUUUAGCAGCUAUUUUAAAAUUAAAUUUCUAUAUUACUUAGCACCAAUUAUAGAAUUUAAGAUUUUAAAUUAAA